UUUUUUUAGGAUAAUAGUAGUAGGGGAAUUUGAAUCAUAGACCUCUUGAUCGUUAGCACAUAAUUUGACAUUUUUUAGUACCAUAAGAGUAGACACUUCAAACCGCAUGUUCUUUGUGCAUUCCUAACUAUCACUUUCAAGUAAUGCUACAUUUUUUAAGAUAUCGAUAGUACGACAUUCUUGUUUGUUUGUUUAUUUAUUUUUGUAAGUCUAACCAAAAUUUCAUUUUCAUUUGAAAAUGGCAUUUCAGCAAAUGAAAAACCAUAGGAAUGGUUGAAUUCGCAUCAAAUAUAUUUAAUCAGUGUGAUAAAACAGAAAUAACCAACAAACUACCCUAUCUUCAAGAGCUAAAGUUGAGAGAUACCAAAUGGAAAUUGCAAUAUCAAUUUGGCUCCUGUUAAGUUCUUUUGUACUCCAUGUUCAAGCUCAAGAUCAAUUCGGCUUUGUUAGUCUAGAUUGUGGUCUACCAGCAAAUUCAUCAGGCUACAUCGAUUCAAAGACAAAGAUCAAGUAUAUAUCAGAUGAAAGCUUUAUAAAGACAGGGGAAAGUAGCAGAGUAGCACCUGAGUUCAAGAACUAUGAACAAUCACUCUGGACUCUGAGAAGUUUUUCUCAAUAUAUUAGAAAUUGUUACAAUAUAAGUGCCAGUAAAGACACCGAAUAUUUGAUUCGAGCAAGUUUCUUAUACGGAAAUUAUGAUGGGCUCAAUAAAACUCCACAAUUUGACCUGUAUUUAGGCAAUACUCGAUGGACAACAGUGGAUGACAGCUACUACUACACAGAAAUGAUGCACACACCUUCAGUAGAUAAAUUCUCAAUCUGUCUAAUCAACAUUGGCUAUGGAAUACCAUUCAUCUCAACAUUAGAGUUUAGAGAACUUCCUUAUUCCAGUUACUCACCUCUAUCUUAUUCCUUGCGCCUUUAUAAACGAUACGAUAUGGGGUCAAUAACAAAUCAGCAGUACAGGUUUCCUGAUGAUCCUUAUGACCGAGUGUGGGAAACAUAUGAAGAUAAUAACUAUACACCACUAAGUACCCUGGAUUCCAUAGUUACUGACAACUUGGAGGACACACCGGUUGUAGUCAUGCAAACUGCUGCAACUUCAAAGAAAGGGAUCCAGUACCUUAAUUUCUCAUGGGACUCAAGAAACGGAAGUGAUGAAUUUUAUGCAUAUUUAUACUUUGCUGAACUUGAACAGCUUCAAAGCAACGAAUUCAGGGGAUUUAAUAUCACUUAUGAUGAAUACAUGACUGGACCUAUUAUUCCUAAAUAUUUAGGCACAAUAACAGAUACUUCAUUCCUAUUUCCUUUAAUAACAACAUCAAAACAUCAUAUAUCCAUCUUCCCAAUUGACAAUUCAACUCUUCCUCCAAUCAUCAAUGCUUUAGAAAUUUAUACUAUGAUGACAAUCUCAAAAAUCGAAUCAUACGAUGGAGAUGGUAUAACAUUUUAUGGGUUUUAUUUUAAUUUUUACUCAUUACUUUAGACUAAGGACGAUAUAUUGAAAAAAUCAGUGGAUGCAAUCAGUAAUGUUCAGUCAACUUAUGGAGUAAUCAAAAAUUGGGUAGGAGACCCAUGUCUGCCAAGUGGAUAUCCAUGGAGUGGUUUGAGUUGCAGCUCUGAUCCAAUCCCUAGAAUCACAUCACUGAACUUGUCUUCAAGCAAAUUGAAGGGUGAGAUAUCUCCGUACAUAAUCAGUCUACCCAUGUUACAAACAUUGGAUUUGUCCAAUAAUUACUUGACAGGAGAAGUACCUACAUUUCUGUCCGAGUUGAAACACCUAACAGUCCUAAACUUAGAGAAUAACAAUCUCACAGGCUCUCUUCCACCCGAGCUUAAAAAAAGACAGAAGAACGGUCUUACAUUAAGAACAUUAGGCAAUCCAAAUUUAUGUUUAGAUUCAUGCACAAAUAUGACACCUGAGAGGAAGAAAAGCAACAAUAUAAUCAUUCCAGCAGUAGCCUCAGUGGGUGGAUUGCUUGCAUUCCUCAUAAUUGCAGUGAUUGUCUAUUGGAUUGCUAAAUCAAAUAAGAAACAACAAGGUGAUGAUGUUGCUUUGAUAGGGAAUCCCACAAAGGCAUACACCCAAUUAGGCAGUUCCUUGGAGACAAGGAGACGACAGCUUACUUUUGCAGAAGUUGUGAUGAUAACCAACAAUUUUGAGAAGGUUCUUGGUAAGGGAGGUUUCGGGAUGGUUUACUAUGGAGUGCUAGAUGAGACUCAAGUGGCUGUGAAGAUGAUUUCUCCAUCAGCAGUACAAGGCUACAGUCAGUUUCAAGCAGAGGUUACAAUUCUUAUGAGAGUUCACCACAGAAACUUAACAAACCUUGUAGGGUAUAUGAAUGAUGGAGAUCACCUUGGCCUCAUUUAUGAGUACAUGGCCAGAGGAAACCUGGCCGAGCAUCUUUCUGAGAAAAGCACAAGUAUCUUAAGCUGGGAAGACAGACUUCGGAUUGCAAUAGAUGCAGCUCAAGGACUGGAGUAUCUACAUCAUGGUUGUAAGCCACCAAUAGUCCACAGGGAUGUGAAAACAACGAACAUCUUAUUGACAGAAAAACUCAACGCCAAACUUUCUGAUUUUGGUCUUUCAAAGACUUACCCAACAGAUGACAACUCCUACAUGAGCACUAUUAUUGUUGGCACUCCGGGUUAUCUUGAUCCAGAGUACUAUACAUCAAACAGGCUAACUGAAAAAAGCGAUGUGUAUGGUUUUGGAGUUUCCUUAAUGGAAGUAAUUAGUUGCAGACCAGUAAUUUCCAACAUCGAAGACCCAGAAAUGAAUUACAUAGCCAAAUGGAUGCGCACCAUGGUUGCUCAGAGAAAUAUCAAGAAUAUAGUUGACCCAAGAUUAAAAGAAGCAUAUGAAAGUAACUCUGUUUGGAAGGCUGUGAGACUAGCCUUGGCUUGCAUAUCAGAAAACUCCAGUGAAAGGCCAACGAUGAAUCAAGUAGUGAUAGAACUGAAGGAAUGCUUGGCCAUGGAAUUGAAUCAGAGAUUAGAACAGCGUCCACUAGAAUCAAGAAUUCACUGAAAUGAUGUCCUCAACUAUGGUUGUGAAUGCCACUCAUGCCAGUCCCAUCCCAAGUUUUUCUUGAAUUGAUGUUUUUUUUCCUUUCCUUCCUGAUUUCAACUUUCAGUUUCCCUUUGAACUAUUUGAAUUGAUUGUUGUAUCACUGAAGUUUAGUUUGCAAUUGUGUGAACAGUGUGCAAUGAAGUUGAUGUGUUUUAUUCAUUCUUAUUACAACAAUAUGAGAAUAAGAUCAGUCUGUUUCACUAUAA